GAGGCGGCGGCGGCGAGAAGAUGGCGACUUCGAACAAUCCGCGGAAAUUCAGCGAGAAGAUCGCGCUGCACAAUCAGAAGCAGGCGGAAGAGACGGCGGCCUUCGAGGAGGUCAUGAAGGACCUGAGCCUGACGCGGGCCGCGCGGCUGCAGCUUCAGAAGUCACAGUACCUGCAGCUGGGCCCGAGCCGCGGUCAGUACUACGGCGGGUCCCUGCCCAACGUGAACCAGCUGGGCAGCGGUGCCAUGGACCUGCCCUUCCAGCCCAGCGGAUUUCUGGGGGAGGCCCUGGCCGCGGCUCCUGUCUCUCUGACACCCUUCCAGUCCUCGGGCCUGGACACCAGCCGGACCACGCGGCACCAUGGGCUGGUGGACAGAGUGUACCGGGAGCGUGGCCGGCUUGGCUCCCCACACCGCAGGCCCCUGUCGGUGGACAAGCAUGGGCGGCAGGCCGACAGCUGCCCCUACGGCACCGUGUACCUGUCCCCGCCCGCGGACACCAGCUGGAGAAGGACCAACUCGGACUCCGCACUGCACCAGACUGCGCUGACGCCCACCCCGUCAGAGUCCUUCACGGGUGGAUCCCAGGACGCACACCAGAAAAGAGUCUUACUUCUGACAGUCCCAGGAAUGGAGGGGACCACGUCAGAGGCUGACAAGAACCUUUCCAAGCAGGCAUGGGACACCAAGAAGCCAGGAUCCAGGCCCAAGUCCUGUGAGGUCCCUGGGAUCAGCAUCUUCCCGUCCACCGACCAGGAGAACACUACAGCCCUGAUCCCUGCCGCCCACAGCACGGGGGGCUCCCUGCCCGACCUGAGCAAUAUCCACUUCCCCUCGCCGCUGCCCACCCCGCUGGACCCCGAGGAGCCCGCCUUCCCCGCGCUCAGCAGCUCUGGCAGUGCCGGAAACCUGGCCACCAACCUCACGCACCUGGGCCUCGGUGCGGGCCAGGGGAUAAGCACGCCCGGCUCCUCCCCGCAGCACCGGCCGGCCAGCGUCAGCCCCCUGUCCCUGAGCACAGAGGCCAGGCGGCAACAGACCCAGCAGGUGUCACCCACCCUGUCCCCGCUGUCACCCAUCACUCAGGCCGUGGCCAUGGACGCCCUGUCUCUGGAGCAGCAGCUGCCCUACGCCUUCUUCAACCAGGCGGGCUCCCAGCCACCACCACAGCAGCCGCCACCACCACCACCCGCGUCCCAACAGCAGCCACCUCCGCCACCCCCUCAGGUGUCCGUCGGCCUCCCCCCGGGUGGCCCCCUCAUGCCCAGCGCCAGCCUGACGCGGGGGCCGCAGCUGCCCCCGCUCGCGGUCACGGUACUGUCCCCUCUCCCCCAGGGCCCCCCAGAGAGCACGGGCCAGCCGCCGAUGGGGCUUGACAUUGCCUCGGCGCCCGGCCUCCCGCAGUACCGCACCAGCGCCGGCUCCCCGGCCAACCAGUCGCCCACCUCGCCCGUCUCCAACCAAGGCUUCUCCCCCGGGAGCUCCCCGCAACACACCUCCACUCUGGGCAGCGUGUUUGGGGACCCGUACUAUGAGCGGCAGAUGGCGGCCAGGCAGGCUAACGCACUGUCCCACCAGCUGGAGCAGUUCAACAUGAUGGAGAGCGCCAUGAGCUCCGGCAGCCUCUACAGCCCGGGCUCCACACUCAACUACUCACAGGCCGCCAUGAUGGGCCUCUCGGGCAGCCACGGGAGCCUGCAGGACGCCCCGCAGCUCGGCUACGCCAGCCACGGCGGCAUCCCAAACAUCAUCCUCACAGUGACAGGAGAGUCCCCCCCCAGCCUCUCUAAAGAACUGACCAGCAGCCUGGCCGGGGUCAGCGACUUUGACUCUGACAACCAGUUCCCCUUGGACGAGCUCAAAAUCGACCCCCUGACCCUGGACGGACUGCACAUGCUUAAUGACCCCGACAUGGUCCUAGCCGACCCGGCCACAGAGGACACCUUCCGGAUGGACCGGCUGUGAGCGGCCCCGUCC